UUCCAGCUGACUGGCCAAACGGCUUCGGCUGCGCUCGCGCUCGCGCUCGGGCUUCCGGCGUUGGUCUGUCGGGCGCGAGGGACGAGAGGAGAGGAGAGGAGAGGAGAGGAGGGUCGAGUCACAGCGAUGAGCGCGACUCCCACGGAGUCUCCGUGUCCGUGAACAAGUUGUUCGUUUCCGCUGGAUUGAUUUCCGCGUCGGACCCGGAGCCUCACGCCCUGUCCGCGAGCCGGACCCAUUCGGGCGGCGGGUCCGAGGAGCAGGAUGAUCCCCCCGGGCAGCGUGAUCCAGGACCCUGAGCGCGCGGGCAAGGAGAACGAGGCAGAGCAGCGGGGGACCCCCCAGUCCCCGGGCAGCGGCGGGCAGCACGAGUCCAAGCUCCAGAGGCUGAAACGCUCGCUGUCUUUCAAGGCCAAGAGUCUCCGCAGCAAGAGUGCUGACAACUUCUUCCAGCGUGCUAGCGGCGACGUGCGGCUGCAGGUGGACCUGCUGCCUGAGGUGAGCCCCGGGGGGUUAGGCCCUGCCCCGCUGCCUGUCCCGGGGUGCUCGCCUGGGAGGUUACCCCGCCCACCCGAAGGUGCUGCUCACAGCUUCCUGGAGCACAUCUUCAAGAAGCCCACCUUCUGCGACAUCUGCAAUCACAUGAUUGUAGGCACCACCGCCAAGCAUGGCCUGAGGUGCAAAGCCUGCAAGAUGAGCAUCCAUCAUAAGUGCAUGGACGGUGUGGGCCAGCAGCGCUGCAUGGGCAAACUGCCCAAAGGGUUUCGCCGCUACUACAGCUCCCCGCUGCUGAUCCAGGAGCAGUUUGGAUGCAUCAAAGAGGUGAUGCCCAUCGCGUGCGGCAGCAAGGUGGACCCCGUGUACGAGGCGCUGCGCUUCGGAACCUCCUUGGCCCAGAAGACCAAGAGGACGAGCGUGGGCAGCGGCUCCGAAUCGCCGCAUCGCAGCUCGACCAAUGACCUGGCGGAAGUCCCUGAGGAAGGCGGCUCCCACAGCAGCCGAGCAGAGCUGAGCAGGAAGCACAGUGACAAUGUGUUUGUGGCUCUGGAGAACGGAACCGAACACUUGCACGUGGGAGAAGGGUCCCGGGACGAGUCGCCGACCUGGGCUCAAGACCGCACGGGCAGGACGCUCCAGCGAGGACUGGUGGACGAGCUCCGUGGGAGGAGAGGACAGCCGCGGCGGUCACGUGCGGGGGGCCGGCGGACAGAGGAGGGGCUCCGCGCUCUGUGACGUCCUGGAGAAAACGCGAACGUGGGAGAGCGGCACCGGCGCACGUCCGUCACGCAACGCGCCAUCCCGCACGGCUCCCGCUCCCUCCGGGCCACGUGACCCAGGCACGAGGCGAGGGCGGGACCGGACCGGGACGAGCCUGCGCCGCGUCUCCGCGGGGACGCGACCCGCCCGUUCCUUACCGCUCGCCACGGGAGACGAGGACGUUCUCCGCACCUUCCCGCGGAGGCUGCGAGGAACAUCUAGGAAACCGUCCAGAUCUCUGCCGACCGCGGUCCGGCUGACCGGAGCGUCCGGAGUGGCGGGUGCCCGCCUGCCGUGGCAACAGACCAACAAACGGUACAUUUGUUUACAGAGUUUUUCAACAAGUUUUUAAAUUUCUACGUUACGUCACGUUUUACCUUCGCCUAUGAUCACCUGAGUUAUUCUUCUCAAAAGUGCAGAUAGAAUGGAAUCGCAGAGGAGCGCGCGGGUAAGGAGCGUGUGCUUCGUUUCCCUGCUCCGUGUGCAACAGGCGGACGAGAAAAUUCACUUUUUUUCUUUAACUUUAAUAAUUGACAGUACACCGACGGAAGCUCUUCAAGAGACCGGGUGAAGUAAUGCAAUAUAUACUACAUAGUAUAUACAGCACAGCAUAUAAAUAAUAUUUACCGUCCGCAUCAGUCCUGGCAGCGACAGAAGUGGGGACGUUCGGUGUGUUUCACGAUCUUUCGCAGAAUAACAGAAUGUAAGAUAUAUGAUGGACAUCUUCAGAGCAAAUGUUUUGCUUUCUCUUUUAGAUUAAAUGCAUGUUUUCUUUA